AUACAGGAAAAAAAUAUAAAAAACCGAUUAAAAUCCCACCCAGGUCCGAUUUGCGCAUUCGCUUGCUGACUACACCUGCAGAAUACCGUUAAGUCUAUUAGUCAUUAAAUCGUCGGUCGAUAUUUGAAGUGGACGACGAUAUACAUACGAAACCCGUAAAAAAAAUUAGUUUUAACAAUGGGGGACUCUCUGGAGAGUCGUGAAGGCCCUCCGGAGUCUCAAAACGUCCAGAGUGUGGCGUUGGUCGAGCUUACGGCGUUUACGAACUUCAUUUUAAAGGCGGCCACUGUCUUACUCCCCGAGGACGAUGGACAGGCGGAGCCCCGGAAUCUUAUGGCCGCUUUGGACCAAGAGAACAAUCAAGAAUGUAUUAAGAAGUUCAUUAGCGACCCACAGGUUACCACACUGUAUAUCCAGAGAAACUCUUCCAAAGAUGAUACAGACCAACCUCCAGAAGGCGAAGAAGAAAAAGAGCCAGUGGUCUACUAUGUCAGUAAUGAGGUUCACUACAGCAGCUCCAAGAUGUUCAGCUUGGUCUGCAUCAAGAGAAAUCCAGUUAUUGAGGCUGAUAAAAGUAUUAGAGCUCAAGUGAGACUUUUAAACUUCAGUGAGGGAAGUCCUUAUGAAAUCCUUCAUGAUUAUGUGAGCAAAACUGUUGCACCUUUUUUCAAGUCUUAUGUUAAAGAAUCUGGAAGGGCUGACAGGGAUGGGGAUAAGAUGGCUCCCUCUGUAGAAAAAACGAUAGCCGAACUAGAAAUGGGUCUUUUACAUCUACAACAGAACAUAGACAUUCCAGAAAUCACUCUGCAAGUUCACCCUUAUGUCGCUAACCUAAUAAAACAGUGUGCUGAUGAGGGAAGGACCCCUACUGUAUCUGAUUAUAGUGAUGUGGUUGAAGAUUCCAAUCUUUUAAAUCAGCUUCAGCAAGGAGUCAAUAGAUGGAUUAAAGAAAUCCAGAAGGUCACAAAACUUGAAAGAGAUCCAUCUUCAGGCACUGCCCUACAAGAAAUCAGUUUUUGGUUAAAUUUGGAGAGGGCUUUACAUAGAAUUUUAGAAAAAAGAAACAGCUUAGAGGUUACUUUAACCUUGGAUAUAUUGAAACAUGGAAAGCGUUUUCAUGCCACAGUUUCCUUCGAUACCGAUACGGACCUUAAACAAGCAAUCGCAAAAGUCAACGACUUUAAUCCGCUGAUGAAAGAUUUUCCCAUAAAUGACCUUUUAUCAGCUACAGAGUUGGAACGAAUUAGGGCGGCUGUUCAGUUAAUUUUCGCCCAUCUACGGAAGGUCCGCUCUACGAAAUAUAAAAUCGAUCGUUGUCUGAAAUUGGUCGAAGCCAUUUCGAGAGACUUGGGAGCUCAACUACUUAAGGUUUUGGGCACCAGGAGGUUGAUGCAUAUACCUUUUGACGAGUUCGAUAAGGUUAUGAUACAGUGUUUCGAGGUGUUCGCCAUUUGGGAAGAUGAAUAUGAAAAAUUGCAGGCUCUUCUAAGAGAUAUUAUAAAAAAGAAACGAGACGAGCACAUAAAAAUGGUUUGGCGCAUCAAUCCCCAACAUAAAAAACUGCAGGCGCGUAUGGAGCACAUGAGAAAGUUCAGGAGGCAGCACGAACAGCUCAGGAUGGUUAUAGUCCGGGUGCUGAGACCCUCAAUUAGGGAAAACCAGGCGCCAAUCGAAGGAGAGGAGCUGGAACAGCCCAAACCGAUCUUCUCUUUGGAUGCUGCCGAUGCUAAUGCAAUCGAAGAAGUAAACCUGGCGUACGAGAACUUCAAAGAAGUGGACUGCUUGGACAUCUCAAAAGAUGGUCAAGACGCCUGGGAAGCGGCGGAUAAACGCUAUAACGAGCGCAUAGAUCGCGUCGAGGCCAGAAUCACCGCCCAUUUAAGAGACCAACUCGGUACCGCGAAAAACGCCAACGAAAUGUUCAGAAUCUUUUCCAGAUUUAACGCUCUGUUCGUCAGGCCACAUAUUCGAGGCGCCAUUAGAGAGUACCAGACUCACCUAAUCCAAAGGGUCAAGGAUGAUAUUGAGGCCCUACAUGAGAAGUUUAAGGUUCAAUAUCCUCAAAGUAACAGCGCUAAGAUUAGCAAGGAUAGGGACUUACCACCGGUUGCAGGUUCUAUAGUUUGGGCCAAGCAAAUCGACCAUCAGCUUACAACCUAUUUAAGGAGGGUUGAAGAUGUUCUAGGCAAAGGUUGGGAAAAUCACAUCGAAGGCCAACAACUAAAACGGGACGGCGAAAGCUUCCGUCUCAAAUUAAACACCCAAGAGAUCUUCGACGAAUGGUCCAGGAACGUGCAGCAACGCAACUUAGGGGUGUCCGGUCGAAUAUUCAACAUCGAACCGGUUCGAUCGAAGAACGGCCGCGGGAACGUUCACAAGUUGAAAGUGAAUUUUCUACCGGAAAUAAUCACGUUGGCGAAGGAAGUGAGAAACUUAAAAUGUCUCGGCUUUAGGGUGCCUUUGGCCAUCGUUAAUAAAGCGCAUCAGGCCAAUCAGCUUUAUCCUUUUGCCAUUUCUUUGAUCGAGAAUGUCAGGACUUACAAGAUGACACUCAAAAAGAUCGAGGACAAAGCAAGCAUUAUCCCGCUAGUGGCCGGUAUGCGCAACGACGUUCAAACUCUAAUCCAAGAGGGCGCCUCCUUAGUUUGGGAGAGCUACAAACUGGACCCGUACGUCCAAAAGUUUUCGGAAACAAUCGUGGGUUUCCAAGAGAAAGUGGAGGAAUUAGUUAUAGUCGGUGAACAAUUGGAAGUCGACGUGAGAUCUUUGGAAACUUGUCCCUAUUCGGCCCAAACGUUUGCGGACAUUUUAUCCAAGAUCCAGCACGCUGUCGACGAUUUGAGCUUAAAACAAUACUCCAAUUUACAUAUUUGGGUCACCAGAUUGGAUGAAGAGGUGGAAAAAAUUCUGGCAAAACGUUUACAAGCCGGUAUCGAGGCUUGGACGGCCGCUUUGGCAGGCACGAAGAAAGAAAUCGAUCAUAGUAUGGAUACGGAUGCCCCGGAAAAACCUACGCACAAGCCAGGGGGAGACCCUCAGAUCCAAACUAUGGUUCACGAGGUCCGAAUAACGAAUCAAACUAUGUACUUGUACCCCAGCAUUGAGGAGGCAAGGUUCCAGAUUAUGCAACAAUUGUUUGCUUGGCAGGCUAUUGUUACUUCUCAGCUUAGAUUGCAGAGCAGCAGGUAUCAAGUAGGAAUCGAUAAACCAGUGAUGGAAACCUACAGGAACAUCUUAACUAAACUCCCCACAGGCCCAGAACCGUUAAACAACGCUUACAAUGCGAUUUCUGGAAAAAUUAAAGAGGUCCAAAAAUAUGUGAACCAAUGGCUCACAUACCAAGCCUUAUGGGACCUGCAAGCGGACACUUUAUACGGCCAACUAGGUCAAGAUAUCGGCAAAUGGAUGCGGUGCCUUAACGACAUCAAGACAACCAGAUCCACCUUCGACACCUCGGACACGAGACGGGAAUUCGGCCCUAUCGUGAUCGAUUUCGCCAAAGUUCAAAGUAAAGUUUCGCUUAAAUACGACUCUUGGCACAAGGAGACUUUAAGUAAAUUCGGGGCGUUGCUCAGCAAUGAAAUGGCCACGUUCCAUUCGAACGUAAGCAGAUCCAGGUCAGAUUUGGAGCUGCAAAGUAUCGAGGCCGCCAGCACUUCUGAUGCUGUUACUUUUAUUACUUACGUGCAACAAUUGAAGAGGAAUAUGAAACAAUGGGAGAAACAGGUGGAAAUCUACAGGGAAGGUCAAAAGAUCCUAGAACGUCAACGGUUCCAAUUCCCAACCAACUGGCUCCACGUAGAAAACUUAGAAGGAGAAUGGGGCGCGUUCAACGAAAUAAUCAAGCGAAAAGACUCCUCGAUCCAAACGCAAGUGUCCAGUUUGCAACAAAAAAUCGUCUCCGAAGACAAAGCCGUAGAAAGCAGAACCCACGACUUCCUCGGAGAUUGGGAGAAGGGCAAACCGGUCGAGGGCCAUCUAAGACCGGACGAGGCUUUAUCCCAGUUGCAGCUCUUCGAGAGUAAAUAUGCCAGGCUGAAGGAGGAACGUGACAAUGUGGCCAAGGCCAAGGAAGCGUUGGAGUUACAAGAACCGGGUGGUGCGAACACUAGCGAGGACCGAAUGCACGUGGUUUAUGAAGAACUGCAGGAUUUGAGGGGAGUGUGGUCUGAAUUGUCCAAGAUUUGGCAACAGAUUGAUGAAAUCAGGGAGAAACCUUGGUUGUCAGUACAACCACGAAAACUGCGUCAACAACUCGACACGAUGUCAAGUCAACUCAAAGAAUUGCCCGCUCGUUUGCGCCAAUACGCAUCGUACGAAUACGUGAAGAAAACCCUGCAAACCUACUCAAAAGUGAACAUAAUGAUCGUGGAACUAAAAUCGGACGCCCUUAAAGAGCGCCACUGGAAACAGUUGAUGAAACAGCUGAGAGUGAACUGGGUGUUGAGCGAUUUAACCCUGGGACAAGUGUGGGAUGUAAAUUUGCAGAAAAACGAGUCUAUUGUCAAGGAUAUUAUUUUGGUGGCGCAGGGAGAGAUGGCGCUGGAGGAGUUCUUGAAGCAAGUGAGGGAAUCGUGGCAAACCUACGAGCUGGAUUUAAUUAAUUAUCAAAAUAAGUGCAAGUUAAUUAGAGGAUGGGAUGACUUAUUUAAUAAGGUAAAAGAACACAUUAACUCAGUUGCGGCAAUGAAACUUUCGCCAUACUACAAAGUUUUCGAAGAGGAAGCGUUAACGUGGGAAGAGAAACUGAAUAGAAUUAAUGCACUUUUCGAUGUUUGGAUCGACGUGCAAAGGCGCUGGGUUUAUUUGGAGGGCAUAUUUUCGGGAAGUGCGGACAUCAAAACCCUUUUGCCGGUGGAAACUUCCAGAUUCCAAAGCAUUAGCGCUGAAUUUUUGGGACUUAUGAAGAAAGUCAGCAAAUCGCCUAUGGUCAUGGACGUGUUGAAUAUCCCGGGAGUACAACGAGCUCUGGAACGGCUUGCGGACCUUUUAGGAAAAAUCCAAAAGGCUCUCGGAGAAUACUUAGAAAGGGAACGUACCUCAUUUCCGCGAUUUUACUUCGUGGGUGACGAAGAUUUACUCGAAAUCAUCGGCAACAGCAAAAAUAUUGCCAGACUGCAAAAACACUUUAAGAAAAUGUUCGCUGGGGUCGCUUCUAUUAUUUUAAAUGAAGACAACACUAUUAUUACUGGAAUAGCUUCUAGAGAGGGCGAAGAGGUGAUUUUCCGCACUCCAGUAUCCACAGUCGAACACCCAAAAAUUAACGAGUGGCUAACUUUGGUAGAGAAAGAAAUGCGGGUUACUUUGGCCUCCAGUCUUACUCAAGCGGUGCAGGACAUCAAACAAUUCAAAGACGGCAUCGACCCGGCAUUAUUUAUGGAAUGGUGCGAUAAAUAUCAGGCUCAGAUUGUCGUUUUGGCCGCGCAAAUAUUUUGGAGCGAAGAUGUCGAAGCUGCGUUGGCUAAGAUGAACGGAGAACCGCAAAAGGGCACCUUGGAAAAAGUGUUACAACAAGUCGAGAAUACGUUAAAUGUUCUAGCUGAUUCGGUAUUGCAAGAACAACCACAGCUGCGAAGGAAAAAGCUGGAGCAUCUCAUCAAUGAAUUCGUGCACAAGAGGACUGUUACUAGAAAAUUGAUUGCGGGGGGCGUGUGUAGCAAUAAGGCUUUCGAGUGGCUGUGUCAGAUGAGAUUUUAUUUCGACCCUCGCCAAACCGAAGUGCUCAAACAACUCACCAUUCAUAUGGCAAACGCGAGAUUUUACUACGGUUUCGAGUACUUGGGAGUCCAGGAUAGGCUGGUUCAAACGCCCCUGACCGACCGUUGCUAUUUAACCAUGACUCAAGCCUUAGAGGCUCGUUUAGGAGGCUCUCCAUUCGGCCCUGCCGGUACUGGAAAAACGGAAUCGGUGAAAGCCCUAGGGAAUCAAUUGGGCCGUUUCGUACUCGUUUUUAACUGUGACGAAACGUUCGAUUUCCAAGCGAUGGGAAGAAUUUUCGUCGGUCUGUGUCAAGUGGGCGCCUGGGGAUGCUUUGAUGAAUUUAACAGGUUGGAAGAGCGUAUGUUGUCCGCGGUUUCGCAACAAAUUCAGACUAUACAAGAAGCAUUGAAGAGCCAGAGGGAAAGUAUGGAGCAAAGUGGACAACAAGUAGGAAGUAUAAGCGUCGAACUGGUAGGAAAACAAGUUCGAGUUUCACCAGACAUGGCAAUAUUCAUAACGAUGAAUCCCGGAUACGCGGGCAGGUCCAAUUUACCCGACAACUUAAAGAAACUGUUCAGAUCUUUGGCGAUGACCACGCCGGACAGACAACUGAUCGCUGAAGUCAUGUUGUUCUCGCAAGGGUUUAGAACUGCCGAGAAGUUGGCUUGUAAAAUUGUCCCAUUUUUCAAGCUUUGUGAUGAACAACUUUCUAACCAGUCUCACUACGAUUUCGGUCUUCGGGCUUUGAAGUCCGUACUGAUUUCCGCCGGUAACGUUAAGAGAGAUAGAAUUCAGAGAAUUAAGGAGGGAAUGACUCAAAGAGGAGAGACUAACAUAGAUGAAGCGAGCAUAGCAGAAAACUUACCAGAACAAGAAAUUCUUAUCCAGUCCGUAUGUGAAACUAUGGUGCCCAAGUUGGUCGCCGAAGAUAUUCCCUUGUUGUUUAGUCUUUUAAAUGAUGUAUUCCCCAACGUUCAAUAUACAAGGGCCGAGAUGAAAGGUCUUAAAGAUGAAAUUCGUAAGGUAUGCCGCGAGGAAUACUUGGUAUGUGGGGAGGGAGACGAGCAAGGUGCCGCCUGGAUGGAAAAGAGAGACACCUGGCUGGCAAAGGUUCUUCAACUGUACCAAAUCUGCAACCUGAACCACGGCUUAAUGAUGGUAGGCCCAAGCGGUUCCGGUAAAAGUACCGCUUGGCGGGUACUUCUUAAAGCCCUCGAAAGGUUCGAAGGGGUGGAAGGGGUGGCUCACGUGAUCGACCCCAAAGCUAUAAGUAAGGAGGCUUUGUAUGGUGUGUUGGAUCCGAACACCAGGGAAUGGACCGAUGGUUUAUUUACGCAUAUUUUAAGAAAAAUCAUCGAUAACGUCCGAGGCGAAAUCAAUAAACGCCAAUGGAUCAUUUUCGACGGCGACGUGGAUCCGGAAUGGGUAGAAAACUUAAAUUCCGUCCUGGACGACAAUAAACUCCUCACUUUACCCAACGGUGAGCGUCUGUCCUUACCUCCCAACGUCAGAGUUAUGUUUGAGGUACAAGAUUUAAAAUAUGCCACUUUGGCCACCGUAUCUCGUUGCGGCAUGGUGUGGUUCUCCGAGGACGUCCUCUCGACAGAAAUGAUUUUUGAAAAUUACAUGUUACGUCUCAGGAAUAUCCCACUGGAAGAAGGUCCACAAGACUUUCUAGUAGUAGCAGGUGAAGAAGACAGCUUCAGCAAAAAACAACCGGAAAACAAAGAAGACACCGUCUCGCCAACGUUACAAGUACAACAAGACGUUGCUAGCUUAUUACAACCACAUCUGCAACCGGAUGGUUUAGUGAUACGGUGUUUGGAACAUGCGAUGGAACAAGAGCAUAUUAUGGACUUUACGAGACUAAGGGCGUUAAGUUCGUUAUUUUCUAUGUUGAAUCAAAGUGUACGGAACGUACUGGCCUACAACCACGCCCACAUAGACUUUGCCUUACCUUACGAAACUCUGGAACGUUACAUCCCGAAAUGCCUGGUCUACGCGAUUUUAUGGAGUUUCGCCGGCGAUGCCAAACUAAGGGUACGCAAAGAACUCGGCGAUUUCUUAAGAUCCAUUACGACCAUUAUACUUCCGCCGGACAAUAACACCCCGAUUAUUGAUUACGAGGUGACUCUAGAAGGAGAAUGGGCUCCUUGGUCCAAUAAAGUGCCCCAAAUCGAAGUGGAGACCCAUAAAGUGGCGUCACCGGACAUCGUGGUUCCUACUUUGGACACUGUGAGGCACGAGUCGCUCUUGUACACUUGGUUGGCCGAGCAUAAACCUUUGGUUCUGUGUGGUCCACCGGGUUCUGGUAAAACCAUGACCCUAUUUUCGGCCCUAAGGGCUUUGCCUGACAUGGAAGUCGUCGGACUUAAUUUCUCUUCGGCCACAACACCGGAACUGUUACUGAAAACUUUCGAUCAUUACUGUGAAUAUAGAAAAACUCCUAACGGGGUAGUUUUGGCUCCUGUUCAGUUGGGUAAAUGGUUAGUUCUGUUCUGCGACGAGAUUAACUUGCCCGACAUGGACAACUAUGGCACUCAGCGGGUUAUAAUGUUCCUGCGUCAAAUUGUUGAGCAAAAAGGAUUUUACAGAGCCUCAGAUCAAACGUGGGUUUCUUUGGAAAGGAUUCAAUUUGUUGGAGCUUGUAAUCCACCUACUGAUCCCGGCCGAAAACCAUUAUCUCAUAGGUUCCUUCGUCAUGUGCCAGUAAUCUACGUAGACUACCCAGGAGAGACUUCCCUGAAACAAAUUUACGGUACUUUUACGCGGGCCAUGUUACGCCUUACACCUGGACUUAAAGGUUACGCCGAGCCACUCACUAAUGCCAUGGUAGAGUUUUACUUGGCCUCACAGGACAGAUUUACUCAGGACAUGCAACCUCACUAUGUAUACUCGCCUCGUGAGAUGACCAGAUGGGUUAGGGGCAUUUGUGAGGCUAUUAGACCAUUGGACACUCUAAGCGUAGAAGGUCUGGUCCGUCUCUGGGCCCACGAAGCCCUCCGUCUAUUCCAGGACCGUCUCGUUGAAAAUGCCGAACGUCAAUGGACAAACGAGAACAUCGAUUCUGUGGCCCUAAAGCACUUCCCGUCGGCAAACUGCGAGAAAGCCCUCGAACGACCCAUUUUGUACAGCAAUUGGCUCUCCAAGGACUAUAUGCCGGUGGACAGGGAACAAUUAAGGGAAUACGUGAAGGCCCGACUUAAAGUUUUCUACGAAGAAGAACUUGAUGUGCCUCUGGUGUUAUUCGACGAGGUUCUCGAUCACGUUUUAAGAAUCGACAGGAUAUUCAGGCAACCGCAAGGCCAUUUACUGUUGAUCGGGGUGUCCGGAGCAGGAAAAACGACUUUAUCAAGAUUCGUCGCCUGGAUGAACGGUUUAUCCAUAUUCCAGAUUAAGGUGCACAACAAAUAUACUGCUGAAGACUUUGAUGAGGAUUUGCGGUCGGUGUUGCGCCGAUCAGGCUGUAAAGAUGAGAAAAUCGCUUUUAUUUUGGACGAGUCGAACAUGUUGGACUCCAGUUUCUUGGAGAGAAUGAAUACACUUUUAGCUAACGGUGAGGUGCCUGGAUUGUUUGAGGGAGAUGAAUAUACCACACUGAUGACGCAAUGUAAGGAGGGAGCUCAGAGAGAAGGUUUAAUGUUGGAUUCAAGCGACGAACUCUACAAAUGGUUCACUCAGCAAGUAAUGAGAAACCUCCACGUCGUAUUCACCAUGAACCCCUCAACUGACGGAUUAAAAGACAGAGCCGCAACAUCUCCCGCCUUGUUUAACAGAUGCGUACUGAAUUGGUUCGGCGAUUGGUCCGACGGGGCCUUAUAUCAAGUAGGUAAAGAGUUCACAAAUCGCAUGGACCUGGACAAACAAAGCUGGAAAGCACCCGAUUUCUUCCCGGCGGCUUGUAGAUUCGUUCCAGCUACUCCCAAUCAUCGGGAAGCCGUUAUUAAUGCGUGCGUCUAUGUGCAUCAGACUCUUCAUAAAGCGAACGUUAGAUUGGCUAAAAGGGGUGGCAGAACUAUGGCGAUCACGCCAAGGCAUUAUCUGGAUUUCAUCCAUCAUUUCGUUAAGCUUUAUAAUGAGAAAAGAUCAGAUUUGGAGGAACAACAGUUGCAUCUUAACGUUGGGUUGAAUAAGAUCGCCGAGACUGUCGAACAGGUCGAAGAAAUGCAGAAAAGUUUAGCAGUUAAAUCGCAAGAGCUGCAAGCGAAAAACGAGGCGGCAAACGCCAAACUAAAACAAAUGGUAAAAGAUCAGCAAGAAGCCGAAAAGAAAAAAGUACAAAGCCAAGAAAUCCAGCAACAAUUGGCCGAGCAAACCAUUCACAUCGAGCAGAAACGUACGGAGGUUAUGGCCGAUUUGGACCAAGUAGAACCCGCCGUCAUAGAUGCUCAGAAUGCUGUGAAAUCGAUCAAAAAACAACAACUGGUUGAAAUCCGUUCCAUGGCGAAUCCUCCGGCUAUCGUGAAGUUGGCUUUAGAGUCGAUUUGUUUGUUGUUGGGAGAGAAUGCCAGCGAUUGGAAGUCGAUUCGUGCCGUUAUUAUGAGAGAUAAUUUCAUUAAUUCGGUGGUUAAUAACUUCAAUACUGAGGAUAUCAGCGACGAGGUGCGUGACCGUAUGAAAGCCAAAUACCUGAGCAACCCAGACUACAACUUCGAAAAAGUAAACCACGCCUCCAACGCCUGCGGCCCGCUAGUCAAGUGGGCCAUGGCACAAAUCUUAUACGCGGACAUGCUGAAAAAGGUCGAGCCGCUACGUCAAGAAUUACGCGACUUGGAAACCCAAGCGGAAACCAACCAGAAACGCGGCGAUGAAAUUAAGACCCUGAUCAGUCAACUGGAGCUCAGUAUCGCCUCUUACAAAGAGGAAUACGCGCAACUUAUCGCGCAGGCGCAAGCCAUAAAAACCGAUUUGGAAAAUGUCCAAGCGAAAGUGGACCGAUCAAUUGCCUUAUUGAAAUCUUUGGUGAUCGAGAGGGAGCGAUGGGAGGCCACAAGUGAAACGUUUAGGGCCCAAAUGUCCACUAUAGUGGGCGAUGUGCUUUUGUCAGCCGCUUUUAUAGCUUACGGAGGUUAUUUCGAUCAGCAUUAUAGGCAGAACUUGUUUACCACUUGGUGUCAGCAUCUUACUCAAGCCGCUAUACAGUAUAGGCCCGAUAUAGCAAGAACAGAAUACCUUUCUAACCCCGAUGAAAGACUUAGAUGGCAAGCGAAUGCCUUACCGUCAGACGAUUUAUGCACGGAGAACGCCAUCAUGCUUAAACGGUUCAACAGAUACCCGUUAAUCAUAGAUCCUUCGGGGCAAGCCACUGAGUUUAUUAUGAACGAAUAUAAAGACCGUAAGAUCACAAAAACUAGUUUCCUGGAUGAUUCUUUCAGGAAAAACUUGGAAAGUGCUUUGAGGUUUGGCAAUCCUUUGCUGGUGCAGGACGUGGAGAAUUACGACGCCAUAUUGAACCCAGUGCUUAACAAAGAAUUGCGUAGGACUGGGGGCAGAGUAUUAAUCACUUUAGGAGACCAGGACAUCGAUUUGUCUCCCUCUUUCAUUAUAUUCCUGUCUACUAGGGACCCCACCGUGGAAUUCCCUCCAGAUAUUUGCUCCAGAGUGACAUUCGUGAAUUUCACCGUAACCAGAAGCUCUUUACAGAGCCAGUGCUUGAAUCAAGUACUUAAAGCGGAACGGCCAGACAUCGAUGCCAAACGUUCAGAUUUGUUAAAGCUGCAGGGAGAAUUCCACUUGCGCUUAAGGCAACUGGAAAAGAGCUUAUUGCAAGCCCUAAACGAUGCCAAAGGGAAAAUUCUGGAUGACGAUAGCGUCAUCACCACUCUGGAAACUCUUAAAAAAGAAGCGGCAGAAAUCGGGCAGAAGGUGGAGGAAACCGAUAAAGUUAUUUCGGAAAUCGAAACGGUUUCGCAACAAUAUUUACCACUUUCGCAAGCUUGCAGUAACACUUACUUCACCAUGGACAGCUUAAACCAAGUGCACUUCCUUUACCAAUACUCGCUACAAUUCUUUUUGGAUAUGUUUAGCAGUGUCCUGCAUAGCAAUCCGAAAUUGGAAGGACUGGCAGAUUACCAGCAACGAUUAAACAUUAUUACAAACGAUCUGUUCCAAGUUGUAUAUGAAAGGAUCGCCCGAGGAAUGUUGCAUAAUGACCGGUUGACAUUCGCGAUUUUGCUGUGCCGGAUUUAUUUGAAGGGAUUACCGAACGAGCCGAAUUACGAUCAGGAGUUCAAUUUCUUUUUGAGGGCGAAGGAGGGCUUGUUGGGUUCUACUUAUGAUACUGUUAUUGACGGAUUGAAUUCGGAGCAGCAGGAGGCCAUGAACCGGUUGUCUUUAAGACUGCCUGCAUUCAAAAAACUAGCGGAAAAAAUCAAGGAAAUGCCCGAGUUUGGCGCCUGGCUUCAACAAAGCGCUCCAGAACAGGCAGUACCUAGACUAUGGAUCGAAGAAAAAGCGUUGAGCCCGAUCGGUACUGCCAUGUACCAACUAUUGGUCAUUCAGGCUUUUAGACCCGAUCGAAUAAUCGCAGCUGCCACUCUAUUUGUGUCUGCCGUAAUGGGAGCUGAUUUUAUGGCCGCCGCAGAAAAGGAAAUGGACUUGGGAGCCAGUAUUGAGAAGGAAAUUAAAGCCAAUGUGCCGGUACUACUUUGCUCUGUACCAGGAUUCGACGCAUCUGGCCGUGUCGAUGAUUUAGCCGCGGAAUUAAACAAACCGAUUUCGAGUAUCGCUAUUGGUUCCGCCGAAGGAUUUAAUCAAGCCGAUAGGGCUAUUAAUAUGGCUUGUAAAACUGGCAGAUGGGUAAUGUUAAAGAAUGUCCACUUAGCACCUCAAUGGUUAGUACAGCUGGAAAAGAAGCUGCAUUCUCUCCAACCUCACGCGAGCUUCAGGCUAUUCCUCACGAUGGAAAUUAACCCCAAAUUGCCCGUUAAUCUACUGAGAGCCGGAAGAAUAUUCGUUUUCGAACCUCCACCAGGCAUCAGGGCGAAUUUGUUAAGGACAUUUAGCACAGUUCCAGCUAGCCGUAUGAUGAAAGCACCAAACGAAAGAGCCAGAUUAUACUUUUUACUUGCCUGGUUCCAUGCCAUUGUGCAAGAAAGACUGAGAUACUGUCCCCUCGGUUGGGCCAAACAUUACGAAUUCAGCGAGUCCGAUUUGAGAGUCGCCUGCGAUACUCUUGACACCUGGAUAGACACCACCGCAAUGAACCGCACCAACUUACCUCCCGAAAAAGUGCCAUGGGACGCCCUGGUAACGCUCCUUUCACAGUCCAUUUACGGGGGUAAAAUCGACAACGCUUUCGAUCAGAGGUUAUUGCAGUCGUUCCUCAAUAAAUUGUUCACAUCGAAGAGCUUCGAGGGAGAUUUCGCUUUGGUGGCUAAUAUUGAUAAUGGACCUAAUGGAAAUAGGCAUAUCACUAUGCCUGAUGGAACUAGAAGGGAUCAUUUCUUAAAAUGGAUUGAAAGCCUGGCAGACAGACAAACGCCUGCCUGGCUGGGCUUGCCCAACAACGCAGAAAAAGUACUUUUAACCACCAGAGGUACCGAUUUGAUCAGUAAACUACUCAAAAUGCAACAGUUGGAAGACGAUGACGAACUAGCUUAUAAGGUCGACGAAUCUUCACCGACAGAUCCCAACGCCCAAAUAGACGGCAGACCGUCAUGGAUGAAAACAUUGCACAACUCCGCCCUAACCUGGUUACAAUUAUUACCCAAAUCGUUGCAAACUUUAAGAAGAACCGUUGAAAAUAUAAAAGAUCCGCUGUACAGGUACUUCGAGAGGGAAGUAAAUUCCGCUUCGAGGCUACUGAUUGACGUUAUUCACGAUUUGAACGAUGUCCUUUUGAUUUGUCAGGGAGAAAAGAAACAGACUAAUUAUCACCGGACCAUGCUUGCCGAGCUUGUACGUGGUAUUAUUCCGGCCAACUGGCAUCGCUAUACUGUACCUAAAGGGUGCACGGUUAUUCAGUGGAUUACCGACUUCAGCCAACGGGUCAAGCAACUUCAGCAAAUAUCUCAAGUUGUGUCAACAUCCGGAGCUAAGGAGUUACAGAGUUUCCCAGUAUGGUUAGGAGGUCUACUAAACCCAGAAGCUUGGAUAACUGCCACAAGACAAUGCGUGGCCCAAGCAAAUAGUUGGUCCCUAGAAGAAUUACACUUAGACGUCACUAUUAUAGACACCCACGAUACAUCCAACAUUCCGCAUGAUUGUUUCGCUGUUACAGGUUUAAAACUGCAAGGAGCCCAGUGCAAAAACAAUCAACUUCUGCUCACCUCGAGCAUAAUGUCCGAUUUAGCGAUUACUCUGCUUCGAUGGGUACGAACUGCGGAUGAAAAGCCGUCGGGAAGCAAAUUGUCCCUGGCAGUUUAUCUGAACUCGACCAGGACCGAACUGCUUUACACCGUAGAUCUGAAUAUCGCACCGGGGCAGGAUCCGCAUAGUUUUUACGAGAGAGGAGUCGCUUUACUUACAUCAACCUCUUUGAAUUAAUCGCUUAGGCAAGUUUUAAUUGUAUUUGUUUUUUAACAUUUAUUUUAUUUGAUGUUCUUUUUUUUGGAAUUUUAAUUUUAAUAUUAUUUCUAAUAAGUUGAAAUUAUUAUAUGGCCAAUAUUAAAGGGUAAUAAAGCAGUAGAAGAGU